CGUCAUCUUCUUCCCUUCAUUGUUUACACGCACACUGUGAUUUGUUUUUCUUUUCUUCAUUUUUCAAUUUUAGACUUUGAAGCAUUAGUUCGUCGUUCUUCGUUUUACACUGAUUGUUCUCCUAUGAGCUGAAGCUUCAGGCGGCUAAUCACUGGGGUGCUACUAGUUUGUUGAAAGAGCAUCUUUUUUCAACAUCUUGAUUUCAUGAGUUACUAUUUUGAUUGAACAAAGACAUGAGGUUUACCCCACUUUCCAGAUUAAUUUGCUGUCGUCGGUGGCCUGAUACAUGCAGGCCUUUGCAAUCUCGUGCCUUCCAUCCUGAUGUUGCUCCUAGAGAUCCUAAGGCCAAGCCAAGAAAAUUCAAAAUUCCUCAAUUUUAUGAUCCCUAUGGCCCCAGAGCUCCACCCUCAGAAAAGAUCGUUCAGCUUGCAGAACGAAUUGGAGCACUAACAGAAGAAGAACGCAGUCAAAUUAUGCCUACUUUGGCAGAAAGAUUAAAGAUUCCAAAGUUGCAGCCAAUUUCAACAGAAGGCAUGGACUUAGGUCCUGAAGGUGGAGCUGCUGGACCAAACGUCGAGGAGAAAAAGGCAGAGAAAACAGCAUUUGAUGUGAAGUUGGAGAAAUUUGAUGCUGCUGCAAAGAUCAAGGUGAUUAAGGAGGUAAGAGCAUUUACUAACCUGGGAUUGAAAGAGGCCAAAGAUCUUGUUGAAAAGGUACCAGUUGUGCUUAAACAAGGAGUCACAAAAGAGGAGGCAAAUAAUAUAAUUGAAAAAAUAAAAGCUGCUGGAGGAGUUGCAGUUAUGGAGUAGAAUUUUGAGUUGUUAGAUUGUUGGUCAAGAUCACAAAUUUUUUCUAAUGUCCGAUGUGUUUUUGAGUUUCCAUAUUCAUGUCGAACAAAUGGUUAGAAGAUAAUUCUAAAGGCAUGAAGCAGAUUUAAGGGUUAAGAACUAGUUGAAUAAUCUAUUUGAAUCAACUGUUCCUUAGUUGAGUUUUCUGGUUAAUUAGUGUAUCACUUCUAACUGUUGUAUAACACUCUUCCAAAUGAAAUGUUUCUGUUAUGAUGGGGAAAAUUAUAUAUGGAAUUUUCUUUUAGUUCUUUGAGAUUCUGUUAGGACCUCGUUAGGAAUCACAUGGGUAACAAAAAAUAAACACAAGGUCUUUAUUUUCUCAUUUAAGAUCCUGUAUUCCAUCAA